UGGGUGACGGCGCUGCGCGUACAGUUGUGGGGAGGGCGAAACGGAGGAGGAGGCGGAGGGAGGCGUUCAGCCUCCGGUGGUUCUUCGGCUGCUCCCGUUGGCAGAGUCGGUUGAGACUCGCGGGGGCGGCGGAGGAGGUGCUGCUGCUCUGCGCGAUGUCGGAGUUACGAGCCGCGGUGCCCGGUUCUGGGACAGCGCCCAGCCCCAAUGCCUCCGGACCAGGGGGCACCUGUGGGCCCGGGCCAACGCCUCCGCUACCCUCGCCUGGGCCCGGCGGCACCAACGCCACCAGAGGAGAAGGAGGCACGCUGGGCCCUGGGGGACCGGCCCCCGGGGGGGUGACAGGAGCUGCCGGGGGGAGCACUUCUUCCGCUUCCGUGUCGACCAGCUCGGCUUCCGGGUCAGCCCGCGAGGGCUGGCUUUUCAAAUGGACCAAUUACAUCAAAGGGUAUCAGCGGCGCUGGUUUGUGCUGAGCAAUGGGCUCCUCAGCUACUACAGAUCAAAGGCAGAGAUGCGGCACACCUGCCGUGGUACCAUCAACCUGGCCACAGCCAAUAUCACUGUAGAGGACUCCUGCAAUUUUAUAAUUUCCAAUGGAGGGGCACAGACCUACCAUUUGAAAGCCAGCUCAGAAGUUGAGAGGCAGCGCUGGGUCACAGCCCUGGAGCUGGCCAAGGCCAAAGCGGUGAAGAUGCUGGCAGAAUCAGAUGAGUCAGGUGAUGAAGAAUCGGUUUCUCAGACAGACAAGACCGAACUGCAGAAUACCCUGCGCACUCUCUCCAGUAAGGUGGAGGACCUUAGCACCUGUAACGACCUGAUUGCCAAGCAUGGCACAGCAUUGCAACGCUCUCUCAGUGAACUAGAGACCUUGAAGCUGCCUGCUGAGAGCAAUGAGAAGAUCAAGCAGGUCAACGAGCGGGCCACGCUCUUCCGCAUCACUUCCAAUGCCAUGAUCAAUGCUUGCCGAGACUUCCUGAUGCUGGCCCAGACACACAGCAAGAAGUGGCAGAAAUCUCUUCAGUAUGAACGUGAUCAGCGCAUCCGUUUGGAGGAGACAUUGGAACAGCUAGCCAAGCAGCAUAACCACUUAGAAAGAGCCUUCCGUGGAGCCACGGUUCUACCAGCCAAUGCCCCUGGCAGCAUGGAUUCCACUAAAGAUCGAUGUUUCCCAUCUAAGGGGGAUCUAAGUGAUGAAGAUGAUGACAAUGAGUUCUUUGAUGCUCCUGAGAAUAUCACGAUGCCUGAAAACAUGGGCCACAAAAGAACUGGCAGCAACAUCAGUGGUGCUAGCAGUGACCUCAGCCUCGAUGAGCAGUAUAAACACCAGCUGGAGGACACCAGGAAGGAGAAGAGGACCCGAAUUCCCUACAAACCAAAUUAUAGUCUCAACUUGUGGAGCAUCAUGAAGAACUGCAUUGGCAAGGAACUCUCCAAGAUCCCUAUGCCAGUUAAUUUCAACGAGCCCUUAUCCAUGCUGCAGCGCCUCACAGAGGACCUGGAGUAUCAUGAGCUGUUGGACCGAGCAGCCAAGUGUGAGAGCUCCCUGGAGCAACUCUGUUAUGUGGCUGCUUUUACUGUAUCAUCUUACUCCACUACUGUCUUCCGCACUAGCAAGCCAUUCAACCCACUCUUAGGAGAGACCUUUGAACUAGACCGGCUGGAGGAGAAUGGCUAUCGUUCCCUCUGUGAGCAGGUCAGCCACCACCCCCCAGCUGCUGCUCAUCAUGCUGAAUCAAAGCAUGGCUGGACCCUUCGUCAGGAAAUCAAAAUCACCAGCAAGUUCCGUGGGAAAUAUCUCUCAAUUAUGCCACUUGGUACCAUCCACUGUAUCUUCCACGCAACUGGCAAUCACUACACAUGGAAAAAGGUCACUACAACAGUACACAACAUCAUAGUGGGCAAAUUAUGGAUAGAUCAGUCUGGCGAGAUCGAGAUUCUGAAUCACAAGACCAGUGAAAAGUGUAUUCUCAAGUUUGUUCCUUAUAGCUACUUCUCAAGAGAUGUGGCCAGAAAGGUCACUGGGGAGGUACUUGACUGCUUGGGGAAAGUGCACUUUGUGUUGCUUGGCACUUGGGAUGAGAAAAUGGACUGUUUCAGGGUGACAUCAAGUAGCAUGGAGAAUGGUAGUGAAAGCCGGCAGAGAACCCAUGAAACAGAGGACAGCAGGGUUAUGCUGUGGAAGAGGAACCCACUCCCGAAGAACGCUGAGAACAUGUACUAUUUCUCAGAGCUGGCUUUGACGCUCAAUGCUUUAGAAAAUGGCACUGCCCCCACAGACAGCAGGCUUCGGCCUGACCAGCGACUCAUGGAAAAUGGACGCUGGGAUGAGGCCAAUGCAGAGAAGCAACGCCUUGAAGAGAAGCAGCGUAUCUCCCGCAAAAGACGUGAAGCUGAGGCCAUGAAGGCCACAGAGGACGGAACUUCUUAUGACCCUUAUAAGGCACUGUGGUUUGAACGGAAGAAAGAUCCCGACACCAAGGAGGUGGCUCAUGUGUACAGCGGGGGCUACUGGGAGAGCAAAGAGAAACAGGACUGGAGUAUGUGCCCUGAUAUCUUCUGAACUGGAAGAAGCUGGACUUUUGAGAAGAGGAAGAAAAAUGGGUAGCAGAAGAAGGAUGGAAGGAAGCAGCUGAUCGUGUGACUUCCUGCCUCGUGCUUUCCUCACCAAAUCUGUCUGUCUUAACCAAUCACUUGUUUUCAAUCAAUCACCCAAAGCAGAAUCCAGCAGUGGUGAUUGGCUGGGUUGCCUUAGCUGAUUGAAGUUGAUGUCUGGAUCCCUGGAUGGCUAGGGACCUAUCUGCGUUGAGGACUGCAUACUCAGUUUUCCCAUCGCUGUGCUCACAACCCUGCACAUUUGGGGAGGAAGAGGGGAAAAACAUGGUGCUGUAUACAGUUUGCCCCUCUUUUCUUUCUUCAGAUGAGGGACAGUUCAGUGGCAUGUGGUCAAGACCAUGAAUGUAUGCUCCAAGGGGAUUGUUGGGGGAGAUGUAAGGACAUCCUGCCAUAAAGGUGGUUCUGGUUCUUCCACCCACCCGUUAGGUAGCCUAUGCUUAGGCAAGGUGUCGCAAGUGAGGCCUCGGAAGCACUGGAUGUUUUUCCAGGAGCUAUCAUCUUUCAGUCCACUCUGGGAGUAAAGCUGCUACUGAUGUCCUAGAACUGGAAUGCAGGAAGAGACUAGCUGUGGAUCUGUCAUUUGGGGCUCAUUCAGAUGUUCGCACAGUGGCAGGAAACUAAACUGUUCUCCCUUUUUCUCAACCCCACACUAUGCCAGACCCCAGAAUUUUCCUCACAUUCACUUUGCUGGGACACUACAAUUGAAGAUUCCCUCCGCCUAAAGCCCCUGGAAACCUCUAGCUUAAUGCACACCUGUUUAUAUGUAUAUUAUAUAUAUGUAGAGAAAGAGAGAUCUAAUUUUAGUUUUGAUUUUCCCCCCUGUUCCUCUCCCAUCCUACGGACCCCAUUUUUUAAUAUCUGCCCUGCUUGGUCUCUUCCCACUGCCCCCAGACCAAGAGAGAUGUUCUGCAGAAAAAGUGGCAGUGGACAAUUGCUUGUCUUGCCUCUUUAAAAAAAAAUGCCAUCUGAUGUGGAAGCCGAAGUUUGGUAGCAUCAAUUGUAAAGUUGUGCAGGCAUAAACCAGGUAUUUCUCAAUACUGUUGAAAAAUAAGAACAUUGUGGGAAUUCCAGCUGGUCUUGGACAGCUCUGGUCAUAUCUGCCAAAGCUGGAUCCUAAGGUUGAAAGGGUGCUGCCACCAUGUGCAGAGAUGGGUAAGGGCACAGAGGCUGCCCAAGCCAGGCUCACACUUGGACAGGCGUGUCGAUGAUAAAGGCAGCCCCUACCCUUGGCUAAGGAUCAGCAAUGAGGUGCCUUCCUUCUGUGUGUUUCUCCUUUUUAUUUUCUUUCUUUUCAUUGACUUUUGAACCUUAGCCACUGAAAAGGUAAGAGGUGAUGAUGGUUCUGCCCGGGGCUGCUCGCUGGUGAGAUGGAGUCACCGUACUGACUGGGAGAAAUGAAGUCCUGAGCUCUGCCUUCCCAGUAGCAAAGGGCAGUGCUGUUAGCUGGGAAAGAAGGGGCUUUGGGUGGGGUCUCUGCAUUAUCUGCUGCUUGGUCCCAGUAUAAAGCCAGUUCUUUGCAGCUGGUGGAAGCUGAUAUUCCCUUGGAUGGGUUAAUGGCGGGCUUUAAAGAAAGAGAGAGAAUCCCUGCAGUUCUUUUUUUUUUUUGGGGGGGGGGGGGGUUGCCUUACUGUCUUUUUUCCAAAAAACAAACAAAACUAAAUUAAAUAAUGAAACCUGAAAUAUCCAGGUUGGGGUUUGUGUGUGUGUCUCUCUCCUCCCUGCUUAAUGUACAGACUUGAAAGGGCUUAGUACAUGCAUCCUCCUCAUGUGUGGCAUGUAGAAUACUGUGCUCCAUACAGCUUACACCUUUGCUCUUUCUUUUGCAGUGCCUUGUUGGCUUUGCUAGUUUUGGCAGAUAGAAGUCAUAAAGCUUACCAGCCUUUGUGGAUGCACCUGAGCCUGUGUAUAGCUCUGGGGAGGCUUGAAACAGGCUGGCCUUGGGAGUCUACUGUGGCUCUUCUGAAAUCCAUAUGGCUUACCAGUGGAAUGCACUGUUGGAGGAAUGCAUCACUAGAUCCAUUGGUGUGUGUUGGUAGCUGUUACAGUUUGGGAAAAUGCUUGCAGUUACCAGCUGUUGGAGUGGAGAACUCUGAAUUAGAAUACAGUGCUAUAUUUAACUGAACAUUCCUGGGAAGCAAAAUCUUGGAGCAUGUAUUUGCACCGGGACCUGGUUCAUCCAUAAAAUCAAACAGUGACUGUUGUCUAGACUGUUUCUAGUGUCUGAUGGCAGAUCAGGUAUCCCAGGUUUAGAAUUGGCAGGGCUAAACAAUAGUCAGGUUUUUUUUCUCAGUGGAGAUUCAAAGCUGAAUCCUAUCGCAGCUGCAUGGCUAGACAUCGAUGGGAGGGUUUCUUGAAGGUAUUUCCUGUUUUUAUUAUUGUCAGAUGGGGCAGCUGGCUUGGUGCUCUGCCAGUGCUGCUGCUACAUAAAUGUUCAAUCUAGCUUUACA